CUUCACUUUCUCAUCUUCUCCAUUACCCCUUUUCCUCUCUCUCUCUCUCUCUUCCUUCCUUCUUGAACUUUCCAAUAAAACCCUAACUCCCAUCCCUCUGCACACCUUUAAUUUUCUCUCUCUUUAUAUAUACAUACAUAUACAUGGAUAUGAACAUCUUAAAAUCCUCACCCGAAGAUCAACUAGAUCAUCUAAUCAUGAUGAUGCAAAUGGACAAACUCCCCGAUUAUUCAUCACCACCGCCGGUUAUUCAAAACGACAACAUCAACUUCUCCGACAACAACAACAACGAUACUCAUCACAAUUAUUACAUGAAUCCAAACAUAUCAUUCUCCACGGCGGCGACGGAAACAGACAAACGGAAUUCAGUGGCGGCGAUGAGGGAAAUGAUAUUCAGGAUAGCAGCCAUGCAACCAAUUCACAUUGACCCAGAAUCUGUUAAGCCACCGAAGAGAAGAAACGUGAAGAUAUCGAAAGAUCCUCAAAGUGUGGCGGCGAGACAUAGGAGAGAGAGGAUUAGUGAAAGGAUAAGGAUCUUACAAAGGUUGGUUCCUGGUGGAACUAAGAUGGAUACGGCUUCGAUGUUGGAUGAAGCGAUUCAUUAUGUUAAGUUUUUGAAAACGCAGGUUCAAUCGCUUGAGAGGGCGGCGCCGCCGCAAAUGGGACCGCCGGCGAUGGGAAUGGGGUUUCCGGUGGCGAUGAGUAGUGGUGGUGGUGGACGCUAUUCUCGAGGUGGUGAUUGUCAUGGUAAUUUGGAAGGAGAAUGUGGAGAGAGAAGAUUUUAA